CAGACAGACAGCACAUAGGACAGGCCUGGACUGCCCUGGUGGUAACAGCUGACCACAGGCUGGCACAGGCGGGCAGGGCUGCCUGGGCACAGCUGUCCACCCGGAGAGCGGGGAGGAGUCUCUAGUGGGUCAGGGGUGGCGGUGUGAGGUCAACUGAGCCCUUUUGACCACAGGGAAGGGCUUGUCCCACACAGCAUUGGACAUAUUAGAGGGGGUUCGUUAUACCUUUGUCCUAAUAUGAUUUACUGAGGCACCGUGGUUCCGAGUGGCUCACUCUGAACUGCCUUCCCAGAACUAAACACCAGCCCCGCCCAGCUGUGGGAUUUUCCUCCUCCCUCUGCUGUUCUCAUGUUUCCUCUGCAGCUGGACAGGCUGGUAGGUGGCCCGUGAUGGGGCCGUGCUCUGAAGACCCCCACCUCCGCUGGGCCUCCUGGCUCCUGGGACUGGCAGAACUGGCAGGCGUCCUCCUGGGCGUCUGUGGCACUGGGCCCCUGAGUUCUGGAGGUGCGGAUUCCAGAGCCCACAUCUCUCUGAAGAGGGUCCAAGGAGGCUCCGUGUUAUUCCACGUGACUCGGGAGCUGGAAGGAGACUCAGAAGCUCAGCUGGAGCAGAUCGAGUGGCGCUUUGGCCCUGAGACCACCUACACAGUCCUGCUGCGAGUGGGCAGCGGUGGGGACCUGCCAACCUGGGUCGGCCUCCAGGACAAGUACAGGCACAGGGUCCAUGUGCCCAAUAUGAGGUCCCUGCUCAUUGAGAACCUGACCACUGAGGACAGUGGACAGUACCGGGCUCGAGGCAGCUUCACUGGAGGAAGGGGAUUUACCCAGGUGUUCCAGCUCACUGUCUACGAGCCAGUGCCCCUCCCCCAGAUCCUGGCCAAGUCACUGUCUGUCACAGCAGACUGGUGCAACGUCACCCUGGAGUGCAGAGCCGUGGGGGCCUCGGAGGACCUGAAUGUGACCUGGUGGCACAGUGACAUCCCCAGGAAGUGGCAGCAGACAGGAACCCUGGGACCAGGCCCCAGCGUCCUGCCCCUGGCUGUGCGCCUGCCCCUGGACCAGGCCAAUACCAACCUCACCUGUGCUGCCAGCAACCAGGAGGACCUAAAAACUGCCACCACCACCCUGAGGAACGUCUGUGCCCAAGGAAAAGAUUCACAGGAACACGACAGUGGUCGCCACAUGCUAGGCCUUGUAGUUGCUGUCCCGGCUGUGCUGCUGACUGUGGGAGUCGGGCUGUACCUUUGGAAGACACGUGGGAAGAAGAAAGAGGAGACGGAGACGGGAACAGGUGCGGGAUUGGAGGAGGGCCGUCGAGUCCAUGAGGAUGACAUCCACUAUAUAGAGCUGAGCCAGCAAGAGCCCAAGGAGGGCGGGGACAAGGGCGUCCGUGGACAACAUCUGGAAGGAAAGAGACCUGUCACUACUCUCUACAGUGAGGUCCACAGGCCAGGCCCGGCCAUGAAGGUCAAUUAAGGGGAAGAAACAGGAGAAGGCAGCACUCCCAGGCUACUUCCGUUCCCAGCAGGAUGCCUGCAGACACAUCCUCUCCCAGCUCUGCUCCAGCUCCAGCUGCCUGGUCAGCGUUACUCUGACCCUUGUGCCCUCAGCUCCCUGGUCACACAAGACCAAUGUCACAUGCGCCACUUUUUCUGCUGGUGAAAUGGGAUCUCUGGGGAUGUGGGCACCCCCACUGCCGGAUGGGCCAAGGUCACUGGGCGGCCACCACAGAAACACCACAGAGGUACAGAGACAUGGCUAGCAGGCGCUGCGUGCUUCCUGCAUCCUCUGGCCUCGGUCACCUCCCACUUCCUGGGUCCUCCAGUCAUGAGUCAUGUCGCCACUGCUCUGAUGGUUCUGCCACGUCCACGAGGUCAGUCCACCGCCUUCAGAUGUACUGAUGGAUGGCUCUCGGGGGUAGUCCUGGGCUGUGCACAGGAUUCUUUGUUGGGCUAUGGAUGUCCCAAUACUGACUGUGUCUUAACAGGGAGAGACAAAGGGAAAGACUCAGGCUGUCCCACUGCUGAUUCUGCUUUUCCUGUAAGAGGAAGGGCCUCCACCAAAGGAUGCUGAUUCCGGUGAGUAGGAGCAUGACACCAGCGUGUCCCUGACUCUGAACAGGCAGAACGUGUGCUAGGAGAGCAGCUCUAAACCGAAUCGCUGCCAGAUUUGAUCAGAAUGGUACACACUUCCCACCUUGGACCCCAGCACCUCCUGGCUGAGUUGGAUAGGCACAUUGAGGUUCCACGAGUUGGUCCCCUCGAGGAGAGGGCCAGAGCCAGGAUGGACGAUGAGGCUAUAUGACCCUUAAAAGUAUCCCAGAGAGGGCUGGCCAGGUGGUUCAGUUGGUUAAGAACUUGCUCAAGAGUGCGAGCUCUGAGCAACAGCCGUUCGAUGCCCGGCCCGAGCUGAGCUGCCACUGAGCUGCCAACAGGUGGCAGGAUGGCUCGGCUAAAACAAAAAAGGUGUCCCAGAGAGACGAGCUCUGCCCCCACCAUUAGCAAAAUGAGGGAGUGAGAUGUCACACAGGACAGACGCGCUUAGAGCCACAGUAACUGUUGUGCUGGGUCUUCUUUCCCACCUAUGGAGGGAAUUUGCAAGGAGCUAUGCAAAUUUUCUGAGAAGAUGUAAUGAGACGGACAACAUUUUCUUCUCCAAAAUCCCAAAGAGGCUGAGAAAGGCAGACUAGCAUGAGGAAAACAUGAGAUGAGCAACCAGAGUAGACACGUGGAUGCCCCCUCUGAGGUGGUCGUCAAUUUUCUGAAAUUGGCUUUGAAAGGACAGUGAGGGGACUGCCCACAAGAUGGCAGACGCUGUGCACUGUAAUCUUCUUAUGCUAACCUGCAGAGAUGCAGUGAGGUUAUUUAUGUUCAGUUCACCUCGCUCAUUUCAGGGAAUGCAAACAGGACAGGUGUGAAUCGUCACGGAACUUCCCCUGGCGUGGGGAGGCUGUGAGAACAGAGGCUAAAAAGUUAGUGAAGGGCCGGCCGAGUGGCGCGUUGGUUAAGAGCUGGCUUGGGAUGCCAGACCCCAAUUUGGAUCCCACAUAUG